AUGGCUCCACCUACAAACAACAACAACUCAAAUACAAACAUACCACCAAUUCCAAUGCCUCCGCCUCCGAAUUUGAUGAGUGGUCAAAUUACAUCUUCUCUCAAGUCUGGUACAGCUUCUAUUAUUCUCAACAAAACGAAUAAUACUCCACAAAGUCAACCAGUGACCCAACCAAUUCAAUUAGGUCAAGGAAUUGGAUCAAAUACCAUAAACGCAUCUUCCGCGUCAUCAUCCUCUUCAUCAGAUCCAGGAGAGUCUUCAUCAUUUGUGAAGAAUAUAAUGCACCGAGUUCCAAUUUUCCACUCAAGAACAAAGAGUUUUGGAGGAACAACUACAACAUCAUCGUCGCUUGGAACCAUUUCAGCACCAAAUAGUGCACGAGGCAGUUUAAAGCUUGAUCAACCCAUUUUGACCAUCUCUACCGCUUCACCACCCACAAAGGAGACGAAUACAAAAACCAAUGGAGGUAAUACCACAAGUGUGUCAACAAUAUCCGCAUCACCUACGACUCAGGAAAAAUCAUCAUCUGGUGGCUCAGAUCUUGGCCCUUCGCUUGUGAAAAGCGUUUCAUCACCUUCAUUCAAACCUCUUCCUCCAUCUCUAUCCAACAGUACAUCAACUCCCAAUAUUGCAAGUAUUGAUGCUUUGACGGGCGGAACUGGUGCUAACUACCCUCAGAACACGCAUUCCAGCAGCAAACAUCUUGCGUUCACAUUCACCAACUUUUCCAAUGUUCCAAGCGUUCUCAUGAAUCACAUUGUAGUGCAUGAAAAGAGCCAACAUCAACAAGAAAAGACAUCAUCUUGCAACAACAAAUCAAAAGAUGACUUGUCAACAAUUGCCAGCGACAAAUCAUCGACAUCUAUCUCAUCGGGUUUGAGCCGUUCCAGUAGUGAGAGCACCAGUUUGACGUCGGCCUCCUCUUCUUCUUUGUCAUCAUCCUCCGCAACCAUUUGUGCAACUACUUCAACAAGCAAAAGCACUGAUGUUGCAACAUCCUCGUCAACGACAACACCGCAAAAAAGCGAGAAUGCAAUUCCUUCAUCGUCUUCAUCAUCAUCUUCCACGUCAAAUACCACAAGUUCUACAUCGGCUAAUAUUAAUGCAAGCCUUCCUCCAACAGGAUUUUUGGAAUUCAAAACCAGAUGUGUCUCCUUUCCCUGUUAUGAAGGAAGUCCACUACAACAAAUUGGAUUUUUGCCAUCUGCAAAUCAGAUCCAAAGUGGUACUCAAAUUUCACAUUCAUCCAGUAACCCGAGUUUGACUCAUUCAAAUAGCGGAACACAGCUUAAUACACUAGCCGCUGGAACUCCCACUGGAUUGACCCGAAGUAAGAGUCGAGAUAGUGGAAUAUCAGCCUCGUUGGCAGAUGUGAACAAGAACAACAUGUUUUGGAAGAAUACUCCUUACGAUCCGCAUUAUGUUUACAAGUAUAAUGUUGCAGAAGUAAUGACAUACAUUUCGAAUUGCAACAAUUCUGGAAUUACUAAUGCAGCCAAUGCGAAUACUCUUCUCUAUCAUGAUAUUGUCAUUUAUUACAAAGACAAGUACAGGAAUGCAAUGUCAAUGGAUGCUAAAACAUCAUCAGGAGAUGCCAAGCAACAAACUCCUCAAAAAUCUUCAUCCAAUAAGACCUCGUCCUUUCCAAAUUCUGUAUUUAUCAAAGAUCUUUCUAUGAAUGGCUUAAUAUUCCAUGGAACAAGAAUACAUACUCGUCAUCAAAAGUAUGAUCCAGUGAACGUUCUUACACAUUUGAACUAUUACUUGCAACUCUAUAAUUUGAAAGUUCAGAAAAACUUCUCACUCUUUUACAAUGUUUAUAGAUUACAUUAUGAUCCAAAAACAGGAUUAGUGUCAAAUGCCUCUUCCACCACUACUACCAGCUCCACCCCAAAUAAUAACGAAAUUGAAGAAAUUACACUUAUUGCCUAUCCAUUUGUUGAAUAUCCAUUCAUAGACUCUACCGAUGAGAAAUACACUGACAAGGUCAACUCAUUACCUCCUAGACAUGCUACCAAUGUGGUUGCCGAGUCUCUAUUCCAUUUUAUAUACUUGGAAUCGAAAGGAACAUUUGUUUUCGAGGCAAAUGAAAUGUAUUGCUAUGGAAGCUAUUUAUUUGGAAAAUUCGAUUGUAGAAUUUUUGAUAAUGGAGGUAUUCCUAACCCACAAAAAAACAAAGGUAAAACUUCACCAAUAGAGGACCCUUUGGCUUCACCUCAAUCUAAGAAGACUGAUUCUCACAGCAGCAGUAGCAGUAAUAACAACAGUACUAGUAGCAGCACAACAACUGGUACUGCAUCAACCACUAAUAGUGGCAAUAGUAGCAGUAGCAAUACUGGAAACUUUUCAGAAUAUUUGGAAGUGAAACGAUUUUUCUCGAGACAUCAAUGCAAUGACGUGUGCAAAGAGCUCAACUUACUGAAACAUCCAGCCCAAAUGGAUUAUUAUCGUCAAGUGGAACAAUCUAUAUUCAAAUUUUUGAAUCAUCACGUUGUUUCAACACAGCAAUCCUUUUCCAAUGUUGAAACUCAUGAAAGUCCAUCGAGCAUCAUACCUUUUGUUUGGAGAGAUCCAUUCAACAAUUUACACAAGCCCAAGCCAAGCUUGACCUCACAGAAUUCCAACAACAAUAACCUCAGCGUCACUUCUGCAGAGAGUGUUGGCGUUUCACCAACCACCUCGAAUACUUUGGGAUUCGAUUUUAAUAAGAAACAACUUCCGCUCACUAUUACUUAUUUCCAAGAGCAAGGAAAGAGAAAUUAUAUGGAGGAUCGUAUAUUCUUUGUAAAUAAGUCAUUUGAUACUUUCCAUAGCCAACGCGCUGCUGUGUUGUGUGUCUUUGAUGGGCAUGGUGGAUACGAAUGUGCCGAUUUUCUUCAUCAAAAUUUCAUUUAUCAUUUAGAAUGCUAUCAGUCCUUAAUAUUCAAUAUUCAUGAACCAAUUUUCUCUCGAAGAGACUUGUUAGAGUAUGCCUUUGUAAAAAUUGAUGAACAGUACAGAGAGAAAGUCGUCGAGCUCAAUCGAAGCUCUGCGUCCAUCAAGAAAAAUGUUCCUUCACCAAGAACAACGAGUGGAAUUACAGCCAGUGCUGGUUCUACAGGAUGUACUGUUUUCAUAACUGCGAGUGAGGAGGAACACAACACAUAUUACAUUACAUGUGCCAAUGUAGGUGACAGCCGUGCCUUCAUGAUUCACCAAUCUAAGAUAAUUCCUCUCUCUAGUGACCAUAAACCUUUCUAUGAACAAGAACGAAAGAGAAUUGAAAUGUUUGGCUCUCGAGUGGAGAAUAACCGUGUAUGUGGACUCGCUGUUUCUAGGACUUUUGGAGAUUAUUAUGCAAAGAACAAUCUCGAUCCAACCAACCCCAAUGCAGGAAUUAAUGUUGGAUUUACACAACCCAUCAAUCUCAAUGCCAACUUGAGAAAACAAGCAGUAGUUGCCUUGCCAGAAGUUGUCAAGCACAAGAUUCACUUGGAAAAACCAAAGAAGGUGGUUGAAAAGAGAAAAGAUGAGAAAGAUGGAAAAGAGGUGAUUACUUCUACUGUUAUUCCAAGUCUUCCAACUCUGAUUGUUGUCGCAAGUGAUGGAUUGUUUGAUGUUAUGAGCAAUAGUGAUGUUGCUGAUUACAUUUACAAGCAGUAUUACCAUCAUAGAGUGAAAGACUUUAGCAUUAUUGCCAAGAAUUUGGUUAAUUUUUGCAUUUACAAUCGUAACAGUACCGACAAUGUGAGUGUAAUCAUUUCAAGUUUACACUACACACCAGAUCAUUAA